GACUCUGUGUUCCCUGUCAGGGCAGUCAUCGGUGGUAGCUGGGUACCAUCUAGUUCUUCUGGAGCACAUAUGGUUUUUUAGGAACCUACAGGUUUGUUUUCUUUUUAAUAGACAUUGGGUGCCUUGCAAACUGCAGCAGCAGAGUAGGCAGGUUAUUUGACAGUCUCUGUGUGGCUGGUGUCAUGGCAGAUCUGUGUCCCUUCCAGGCAGUUUAGUUGGCAUAGGACUCAGCAGAGAGGUUUGCAUGAAGAUGGACUUUGUGAGAGCAGGUGUCCCACAGGGCACCAGCCACCAAGGGCCCAGGCCUCUCUUACCCUUCCUGACUGAUCUGCAGGCCACCGGCCCUCUCUGAGCGUCAUUUGUCUCAUCUACAGUACCAGAAGGUGCUGCCUCAUUUGCUUUGAUUCCAGACCCUGGAUCAGAUGAGGCUUCGUGAGGCCCCUUCUUGUUUCUAGGAACAAUGAUCCCAUACUUUACUGGGCUCCCUGGCCCAGUAAUCCAGAGAUUGGAGAAUGAAAUGUGUAGCUUGGGGCAGGCCCAUGAUGGAGGCAGCUGUGGAUAGCUUCGGGUCUGUAGUUUGGGCACAGAUGGGCCUCUGGCUUACUCUGUUGCUAGAGGGAUGGUGAUAACAACCAAACCAGUUGCCAUCGAGUCUAUUCCAACUCAUGGUGUCUCCAUGUAUGGCAGAAUAGAACUGUGCUUCAUGUUCAAUGGCUGAUUUUUUGGAAGUAGAUUGCCAGGCCUUUCUUCCAAGGUGCCUCUGGAUGGAUUUGAACCUCCAGCCUUUCAGUUAGCAGCUGAACGUAUUAAUGAUUUGCACCACCCAGGGCCUCCCAGCACAGGAGGAGAAAGACGAGGAGACCAUGACCCCUGAGAAUGCGGCAGUACAUACUCUCCAGACCUAGAAGUGAAGCUUGGGUGAAAGUGGUUUUCAAGGAAACUACAGACUUGCCCCACGCCAAAGUGAAUCCUAUAUAGCCUGAGGAGCACACGCCAGAAGCCUGCAGUCCCUCGCUAUUUCUAGCUGGAGGCCCCAGCAGAUCCAACCAUGAGCUACCCAGGCUAUCCCCCACCCGCUGGUGGCUACCCCCCAGCUGCCCCAGGUGGCGGUGCCUGGGGGGGUGCUGGCUACCCUAUGCCCAGCAUGCCCCCCAUCGGGCUAGAUAACGUGGCCAGCUACGCAGGGCAGUUCAACCAGGACUACCUCUCAGGAAUGGCCGCCAACAUGUCGGGGACGUUUGGAGGCUCCAACGUGCCGAACCUGUACCCAGGGACCCCUGGGGGCAGCUACCCUCCAGGCCCCCCUGGGGGCUUUGGGCAGCCCCCCUCUGCCCAGCAGCCCAUUCCUCCAUAUGGAAUGUACCCGCCCCCUGGAGGAAACCCGCCCUCUGGGAUGCCCUCAUACCCGCCAUACCCAGGGGCUCCUGUGCCAGGCCAACCCAUGCCACCCCCUGGGCAGCAGCCCCCAGGGGCUUACCCUGGCCAGCCGCCGAUGGCCUACCCUGGGCAGCCACCAGUGCCUCCCCCUGUGCAACAGCAGCUGGUGCCAAGCUACCCAGUGUACCCAGCGUCCGGGGCUGUCACCCCGGCUGUGCCCCCAGCCCAGUUUGGGAACCGAGGCACCAUCGCAGAUGCUCCUGGCUUUGACCCCUUGCGAGAUGCUGAGGUCCUGCGGAAGGCCAUGAAAGGCUUUGGGACUGACGAGCAGGCCAUCAUCGACUGCUUGGGGAGUCGCUCCAACAAGCAGCGGCAGCAGAUCCUCCUGUCCUUCAAGACCGCGUAUGGGAAGGAUUUGAUCAAAGAUCUGAAAUCUGAACUGUCAGGAAACUUUGAGAAGACAAUCCUGGCUAUGAUGAAGACUCCGAUCCUCUUUGAUGUGUAUGAGAUAAAGGAGGCUAUAAAGGGGGCUGGCACCGACGAAGCCUGUCUAAUUGAGAUCCUGGCGUCCCGCAGCAAUGAGCACAUCCGGGAGAUGAGUAGAGCCUACAAAGCAGAAUUCAAAAAGACCCUGGAGGAGGCCAUUCGGAGCGACACGUCAGGGCACUUCCAGCGGCUCCUCAUCUCACUCUCUCAGGGAAACCGGGAUGAGAGCACAAAUGUGGACUUGUCACUCGUCCAAAGAGAUGUCCAGGAGCUGUACGCGGCUGGAGAGAAUCGCCUGGGAACAGAUGAGUCCAAGUUCAAUGCAGUUCUGUGCUCUCGGAGCCGGGCCCAUCUGGUGGCAGUUUUUAACGAAUACCAGCGGAUGACAGGUCGGGACAUUGAGAAGAGCAUCUGCCGGGAGAUGUCCGGGGACCUGGAGCAGGGCAUGCUGGCCGUGGUGAAAUGUCUGAAGAAUAUGCCAGCUUUUUUUGCCGAAAGGCUCAACAGGGCCAUGAGGGGAGCAGGAACAAAGGACCGGACCCUGAUCCGCAUCAUGGUGUCUCGCAGUGAGAUUGAUCUUCUGGACAUCAGAGCAGAGUACAAGAGGAUGUACGGCAAGUCGCUGUACCAUGACAUCUCGGGAGACACUUCGGGGGAUUACCGGAAGAUUCUGCUGAAGAUCUGUGGUGGCAACGACUGACCAGGGCCUGGUGGUCACUUCUGCCCACCUGCCAGCAACAGAAGGCCAAAGAAUGUCUGUUUCUACCACCACCAGAAAGUAGCCCCUGAGGUGUCUCAGCGUGGACCAUCCAGAGAGCCUUGGCCCCUGUCCUAUACCCACCCCUCCUGACCCAUGUAUUGUGCUGAAGGACCUGGGUUGGUUUAGAACUCUCAGGAAGCAUUUUCCCUCCCCACCCUCACAGCCUCCUGCUAAAGUAGAUGUUCUAUUUCCUGUCUCAUGUGAUCAUUUCCUUUUGCUUGUGGCUAAGACUCUUGGCUUCAUUUUAGUCAUGUAAUUUUAUAUUUUUAUUUGGAGACAUAUUUUUUUUCAGUCAUUGCCAGACAGACACACACGAGUCUGUUGGCUGCAUACAUACACACUUCUGGUGAGAGAGAUUGGGUGGGGGAGUGCUGUGUCCUCACUGGGGAGUGAAAAAGAGGACCUUUACGGGUAAUCUUUGCAUCUGGUGAGUAUGUGUCAUGAGUUUUGUUAUUGCCAAACUCACUCCUUUUUAGAGAAAAAGAAAAAAAAAAAAAAAGAC